GGAUUUUGGAUUGUAAGGUAGUCGGUUGUAGGUCACGAGGCACCACGUCGUAAGAUGUUCUCAAACUUUGUAUUCAACGACUUGAAUAUGUUCAAAAAAAGAAAUCUGAAAUAUCAAAGGGAAUUCGUCGAGAAAUCGCGGACCUUUUGAAAGAUGGAAAGGUUGACAGAGCUCGCAUUAAAGUCGAACAAAUCAUUCGGGAUGACUACUGUGUGGAAGCCAUGGACAUUAUACAGUCAUAUCUUGAGACGUUAAACGCGCGAUUCGGGCUAAUUCAAGAUGCAAAGCUGCCAGAUGCAUCUCUUGAGACACCAAUCGCGACUAUACUAUGGUCCAAAUCACGAAUUAAAAAUGAGAUUCCUGAGCUAGAUAUUGUCGGUCAGCAGCUCGCCAUUAAGUUUGGUAGGAAUUACGUCCGUGAAUGUUGUGAGAAGGCUAACAUGGUCAAUCGUACCGUCAUGACAAAAUUGAAUUCUAUCGUCCCUGGGGCGAAUUUGGUUGAAAUGUACUUGGUUGAAAUCGCGAAAAGUUAUGAUGUUAGUUUCACUCCCGACACACAUGUCAUUUGCGACUCUAAUCUAAUGUUCAACGAUAACUUGAUUGAAUUCAAACCGGAUAGUUCUGUUGGGUUACCUAGUAUGCCAUCCAACUUUGGAGCAUGCAGCAUGCCAUGGGCAACUACAUCGAUGUCCGAUAAAGCUCCUUAUCCUACGGAAUUUAUCAAUGAAACUAAGAUUCCAUCAGGCAUCCCGUCAAAUGAAACGAUGCCCUCAAACACAACCACAACCAAUGGCGAUACAGUUAUGCCACCGCCAUAUGAUAUGUCUGUAUGCAAUGGUCAAAAUACUGUCGUACCAUUUAAUUACCCUGGUCCUUCGUUUCUACCACCUCAAGAUAGUUUCACAACACUUCCUCCAGGUAGCUUCGCUAUGAUUCCACCAAUGAAUGGACCUAGUAAUCCCCCUCCGGAUGAUGAAAAAGCAGAUUUCGACACUCUGGCGGAACGCUUUGAAAAACUUAAAAAAAAGUGAUAAAUUUUGUUCUUAUAUGUUGAUACAGAUUUUUUUGUUUUGUUUUCAACUUCACUACACAUCAUUAUGCUUGAUCUCUGCUCUAUUUUUAAAAUGAACCUCUAUUUUUAAAAAAAUGACUGCAUGAUAUGUAAGUCUAUAUUUUGUUUUCUUAGUCGAUAAUUUACAUAUACAUACAUAAUUAUUUUCUAAUCAAAUAAAGUAAUCGAAUCUAU